AUGGCAUGGGAGUUUUCAGGCGAGAUAAUAUCAUUUUUCGCGAAUAGGCUGGAAGUCAACGGCGCCGGGUCAUCUUCAACAGUCGUUGGGGCCUCGGCGACGAUAUCUUGCCUUCGCACAAACAUCUUUGCCUUGCUGGCUCGGUUGCGACUGACGUGCAUGGCAAUCUCCAAUGGCCCAGUUUUGGCCAAGGCUCUCUCAGCUCUCCACCAGCAACAGCUCCGGCUCCGAAGUAUGGUUCCCCGGCACCUCUUCGUCGAAUCCCGCAUUGCGCUAUCAUCCCUGUGCACUAGGGUCGGCCUGCUUCUCAAAGCCCCGACCUCUUACGAAUAG